AUGAAUCCUACCAGCUUCUUCCUCCUUACUUUGCUCCUGGUUCUGGUGACAGAACCAGCGGUGGGGAGACCCCGUGAAAGAUUUUCACAAACAUCUGAAGACCAAUCUUCUAGUGAAACCUCUGAAAUAACUGCAACAGGGGGCAGCCUCACCGAGGAAGUCUAUGAGGAACGGAAGUAUAAACACACUGGUAACAGUGGUGCCGGUGACAAGAUGAGCUUAUCUGCAGGGGAACUAGAGCGGUCUUAUACAGGGAGAAAGGAAAGGCAACGGUUUGCCCAAGAAAUCGGUAAAUGA